ACUCUUCAAAGGUAGCCCCAACAUGAAAGUUCUCAUUGUCUUCGCCUUGGCCUUGGCCUACGCCUCGGGAUCAGCGCUGCGGUCCGUGGACGGACCCAGCGGUCGGAUCACCCACGGCGAGGAUGCCCGCACCGACCAGUUCCCCUACCAGGUGGGACUCUCCCUGAAGAUCGGCUCCUCGUCGGCCUGGUGCGGUGGCUCCCUCAUCGGAAACGAGUGGGUUCUGACCGCCGCUCACUGCACGGAUGGCGUCGACUCCGUCGAGGUCUACCUGGGCAGCACCGUGCGCUCCAGCCCCAAGGUGAAGCACCAUGUUAGCAAGGACGACAUCAUCAUCCACGCCGACUGGAACAGCCGCACCCUGCGCAACGACAUCUCCCUGAUCCGCAUUCCCCGCGUGGAGUACAGCAGCGCCAUCCACAACGUGGAGCUGCCCAAGCGCGAGUCCCGCUACUCCUCCUACGACGGCGAUGAGGUGAUCGCCUCCGGCUGGGGACGCACCUCGGACGAGGCCAGCGCCGUCGCCUCCCACCUGCAGUACGCCCACAUGAAGGUCAUCUCGAACAGCGAGUGCAAGCGCACCUACUACUCGACCAUCCGCGACUCGAACAUCUGCGUGAACACCUCCGCCGGCGUGUCCACCUGCAACGGCGACUCCGGUGGUCCGCUGGUGCUCUCCUCCGACAAGGUCCAGAUCGGUCUCACCUCCUUCGGCUCCUCCGCCGGCUGCGAGAAGGAGUACCCCGCCGUCUUCACCCGCACCACCAGCUACCUGGACUGGAUCGAGGAGCACACCGGCAUCUCCCGCUAAGUUUCCGAUUCGGGCAUUGAAUAAACAUUUCCGAUAUUAUUGAGCAUA